AUGAUAUUGUCUUCGUCAUUAAAUCUUAUUGAAGAUUGUUUUUACGAAAAACGUAUUCAUACAUCUUUACAUGAUUACAAUGACUUACAUGGCCGGUGGGUAUCAGAAUUAGAUUGUUUAGAUCGCUGUUUGAAAUUAAAAUCUCAAAAAUGUCGGUCAUUCGAGCAUUGGCAUUCGAAACAAGCUGGUUUAUGUGUACACGCAAAUACUUCUCUACGUGAUCGACCAUUAGCCACGAGGGUUAAUCUUCUUGUAGAUUACUAUGAAGUUGAUUGUCGAAAAGAUACGAAAGCUGUACGAUUGCAGACGAUCAGCUGUCCAGGUGAUCAUUUAAACAUUCUCGUUAGUUUGAACGGUAUCGAUCCGAAUUAUGUUCUACUUGGUGAUAGUGAUUGUAAACCUUUUUGGUCGAAUGAAACACAUGCACAAUUCGUUACACACAUCGAUAAUUGUUCAUUGAUAUUAAAUGAUGCGUCUAUUGUUGGAAAACUUCGUUGGGAAGGCAUCGCAACAGACACGAAUGAAGCGCGACACUAUGGUCGAUUCUUUCUUUGUCCAAGUGAUAUUCAACAGAUACGUUUAGCACAUCGAACAUCAUCAACAAUAGGUGCCUUAUUGCCAAAAACUACUCCAUUGCCAAGCACUACUCCAUCACGUCUGCCUUUACCCGUAGGUGAGAAUGAUGAUGAGGAUGAUAAUGAUAAUGACGAUGAAAAAUCAAUUUCAAAAGAUUAUAAAAUACUAUUACGAUGGAUUUUACAUAAUCAAACAUAUAUCUGUCCACCUAUAUGUUCAAUUUCGCUCUACUCAUUGAUCUAUGUCUCCUUUGACGAUGUUGCUUCAUUAUCAUCGUCAUUUUUCAUCGAUUCAUGUGAUUUCGUAGCUCUAUAUCCGUACACAGAUUACCUACAAACACGUCGAUUGAUCUCUGGAAGUUGUUCUGCUGAUCCAACUGUGAUCCAUUUGUCAUCGGAAAUGAAUUCUUUAUCUACAUUUCACUAUUCUUUCUAUCUAUAUAAUAUUCUUCGCGAACCAAUCCCAUUCGAAAUCCAAUGUAAAAUUUCCAACCGACAGGAAUCAUUUGUAAAUAAACAUGUCAGAUGUUCGACAACAAUGAACAAUGAUCAGUUAGCGAUAGUCACAAGUGAUUAUUCAUCUGUAUCAUUUCGUUCGUCACCGAUUGAUGUUCUGACAAAUUUACCGUCGAAUCUGACAGAACGAAAGAAGACUCCGACGUCAGUUCCAGCUUCUUCAUCCUUCAUUCUUGUCCAACGAAUUCAAUACUUUCUAUUUAGCUUUUCUCUUCUCUUUUCACAUUGGGAGAUAUUUUAA